GGCGGGCCGGGCUGUGCGCUCCGCUCUCUGCUGGCUCCGCCGCCGCUGCCGCCGCCGCCGCCGCCGCCACCACCGCCUCACACACUCGGGGAGCGGGAGCACGGCGCGGACGCAAAGCCGCGGGGCUGCUGCGCCCAGAGCCAGCCGGAGCCGGAGCCCGAACCGCAGCGCCAGCCCCAGCCGUGCGGAUCGGCAGCCCCGGCAGGGGCCGGCGGUGGCUCAUGGACAGCGGGGCGGGCGGCCGGCGCUGCCCAGAGGCGGCCCUCCUGAUUCUGGCACCUGCCAGGAUGGGGCCCCUGAGGUGCAGCCCGGGCCCCCGGGGGCAACGGCUACUGCUGUCUUCCAUGCUGCUAGCUGUGCUGCUCCUGCUGGCUCCAUCCCCAGGCCACGCCACUCGGGUAGUAUACAAGGUGCUGGAGGAACAGCCGCCCAACACCCUCAUCGGGAGCCUCGCAGCCGACUAUGGUUUUCCAGAUGUGGGGCACCUGUACAAGCUAGAGGUGGGUGCCCCAUACCUUCGCGUGGAUGGCAAGACAGGUGACAUUUUCACCACCGAGACCUCCAUCGACCGUGAGGGGCUCCGUGAAUGCCAGAACCAGCUCCCUGGUGAGCCCUGCAUCCUGGAGUUUGAGGUGUCUAUCACAGACCUUGUGCAGAAUGGCAGCCCCCGGCUGCUGGAGGGCCAGAUAGAAGUACAAGACAUUAAUGACAAUACACCUAACUUUGCCUCACCAGUCAUCACUCUGGCCAUCCCCGAGAACACCAACAUCGGCUCACUCUUCCCCAUCCCGCUGGCUUCAGACCGUGAUGCUGGUCCCAACGGCGUGGCAUCCUAUGAGCUGCAGGCCGGACCUGAGGCCCAGGAGCUAUUUGGGCUGCAGGUGGCAGAGGACCAGGAGGAGAAGCAACCACAGCUCAUUGUGAUGGGCAACCUGGACCGUGAGCGCUGGGACUCCUAUGACCUCACCAUCAAGGUGCAGGAUGGCGGCAGCCCCCCACGUGCCAGCAGUGCCCUGCUGCGUGUCACCGUGCUGGAUACCAAUGACAAUGCCCCCAAAUUUGAGCGGCCCUCCUAUGAGGCUGAACUAUCUGAGAAUAGCCCCAUAGGCCACUCGGUCAUCCAGGUGAAGGCCAAUGACUCAGACCAAGGUGCCAAUGCAGAGAUUGAAUACACGUUCCACCAGGCACCCGAAGUUGUGAGGCGUCUUCUUCGACUGGACAGGAACACCGGACUUAUCACUGUUCAGGGCCCCGUGGACCGUGAGGACUUAAGCACCCUGCGCUUCUCAGUGCUUGCUAAGGACCGAGGCACCAACCCCAAGAGUGCCCGUGCCCAGGUGGUGGUGACCGUGAAGGACAUGAAUGACAAUGCCCCCACUAUUGAGAUCCGGGGCAUAGGACUGGUGACCCAUCAAGAUGGGAUGGCUAACAUCUCAGAGGAUGUGGCAGAGGAGACAGCUGUGGCCCUGGUGCAGGUAUCUGACCGAGAUGAGGGAGAGAAUGCAGCUGUCACCUGUGUGGUGGCAGGUGAUGUACCCUUCCAGCUGCGCCAGGCCAGUGAGACAGGCAGUGACAGCAAGAAGAAGUAUUUCCUGCAGACCACCACCCCACUGGACUAUGAGAAGGUCAAAGACUACACCAUUGAAAUUGUGGCUGUGGACUCUGGCAACCCCCCACUCUCCAGCACCAACUCCCUCAAGGUGCAGGUGGUGGAUGUCAAUGACAACGCACCUGUCUUCACUCAGAGUGUCACUGAGGUCGCCUUCCCGGAAAACAACAAACCUGGUGAAGUGAUUGCUGAGGUCACUGCCAGUGAUGCUGACUCUGGCUCUAAUGCUGAGCUGGUUUACUCUCUGGAGCCUGAGCCGGCUGCGAAGGGCCUCUUCACCAUUUCACCUGAGACUGGAGAGAUCCAGGUGAAGACAUCCCUGGAUCGGGAACAGCGGGACAGCUAUGAGUUGAAGGUGGUGGCAGCUGACCGGGGCAGCCCCAGCCUCCAAGGCACAGCCACUGUCCUUGUCAAUGUGCUUGACUGCAAUGACAAUGACCCCAAAUUUAUGCUGAGUGGCUACAACUUCUCAGUGAUGGAGAACAUGCCAGCACUGAGUCCAGUGGGCAUGGUGACUGUCAUUGAUGGAGACAAGGGGGAGAAUGCCCGGGUGCAGCUCUCAGUGGAGCAGGACAAUGGUGACUUUGUUAUCCAGAAUGGCACAGGCACCAUCCUCUCCAGCCUGAGCUUCGAUCGAGAGCAACAAAGCACCUACACCUUCCAGCUGAAGGCAGUGGAUGGUGGCGUCCCACCUCGCUCAGCUUAUGUUGGUGUCACCAUCAAUGUGCUAGACGAGAAUGACAAUGCACCCUAUAUCACUGCUCCUUCUAAUGCCUCUCACCGGCUGCUGACCCCCCAGACACGUCUUGGUGAGACGGUCAGCCAAGUGGCAGCCGAGGACUUUGACUCUGGUGUCAACGCUGAGCUGAUCUACAGUAUCGCAGGUGGCAACCCUUACGGACUCUUCCAGAUUGGAUCACAUUCAGGUGCCAUCACCCUGGAGAAGGAGAUUGAGCGGCGCCACCAUGGGCUACACCGCCUGGUGGUUAAGGUCAGUGACCGCGGCAAGCCCCCACGCUAUGGCACAGCCUUGGUCCACCUUUAUGUCAAUGAGACUCUGGCCAACCGCACGCUGCUGGACACCCUCCUGGGCCACAGCCUGGACACGCCACUGGAUAUUGACAUCGCUGGGGAUCCAGAAUACGAGCGCUCCAAGCAGCGUGGCAACAUUCUCUUUGGUGUGGUGGCUGGUGUGGUGGCCGUGGCCUUGCUCAUUGCCCUGGCGGUUCUUGUGCGCUACUGCCGGCAGCGGGAGGCCAAGAGUGGUUACCAGGCUGGUAAAAAGGAGACCAAGGACCUGUACGCCCCCAAGCCCAGUGGCAAGGCCUCCAAGGGAAACAAAAGCAAAGGCAAGAAGAGCAAGUCCCCGAAGCCUGUGAAGCCAGUGGAGGACGAGGAUGAGGCUGGGCUACAGAAGUCCCUCAAGUUCAACCUGAUGAGUGACGCCCCUGGGGACAGUCCCCGAAUCCACCUGCCCCUCAACUACCCACCAGGCAGCCCUGACCUAGGUCGCCACUACCGCUCUAACUCCCCACUGCCUUCCAUCCAGCUGCAGCCCCAGUCACCCUCGGCCUCCAAGAAGCACCAGGUGGUACAGGACCUGCCACCUGCAAACACAUUCGUGGGCACCGGGGACACCACGUCCACGGGCUCUGAGCAGUACUCCGACUACAGCUACCGAACCAACCCCCCCAAAUACCCCAGCAAGCAGUUACCUCACCGCCGCGUCACCUUCUCGGCCACCAGCCAGGCCCAGGAGCUGCAGGACCCAUCCCAGCACAGUUACUAUGAUAGUGGCCUGGAGGAGUCUGAGACACCAUCCAGCAAGUCAUCCUCGGGGCCUCGACUCGGUCCCCUGGCCCUGCCUGAGGAUCACUAUGAGCGCACCACCCCUGACGGCAGCAUAGGAGAGAUGGAGCACCCCGAGAAUGACCUUCGCCCUUUGCCUGAUGUCGCCAUGACAGGCACAUGUACCCGGGAGUGCAGUGAGUUUGGCCACUCUGACACAUGCUGGAUGCCUGGCCAGUCAUCUCCCAGCCGCCGGACCAAGAGCAGCGCCCUCAAACUCUCCACCUUCGUGCCUUACCAGGACCGAGGAGGGCAGGAGCCUGCGGGCGCCGGCAGCCCCAGUCCCCCGGAAGACCGGAACACCAAAACGGCCCCCGUGCGCCUCCUGCCCUCCUACAGUGCCUUCUCCCACAGUAGCCAUGAUUCCUGCAAGGACUCGGCCACCUUGGAGGAAAUCCCCCUGACCCAGACCUCGGACUUCCCACCCGCAGCCACACCGGCAUCUGCCCAGACGGCCAAGCGCGAGAUCUACCUGUGAGCCCCCUUCUGGCCGGCCGGCCCCCCUCCCCCAGCCGCCGGCCAGUUCCCAAAUGAGCCCAUUCCAGGGCCUCACUCUAGACCCUUUCAGCGUGGACUUCCUGGCCAGGGCCCCAAGUUGGGGGUAACACUGGCCUCAUGACCACGCUGGCCCUUCUCCCAUGCAGGGUCCAGGUCCUCUCCCCUCAUUUCCAUCUCCCAGCCCCUAGAGGCCCCUUCCCCUUUAUGGGGCUUCCCCCAGCUAAUGCCCAAGAGGGCUCCUCUGCAAUGACUGGGCUCCUUUCCUUGACUUCCAGGGAGCACCCCCUCAAUUUGGGCAGAUAGUGGAGUCAAGGGUGGGCAGCACACUCCUAACUCAUUGUUUCCCUCAUGGCCGACCAGGGCGGGGAUAGCACGCCCAAUUUUAGCCCUGAAGCAGGGCUGAACUGGGGAGCCCCUUUCCCUGGGAGCUCCCAGAGGAAACUCUUGACCGCUAGGGGCUCCCUGAAGGGCUUUCGUUACCAAAGGUGGGGUAGGGACGGGUGGGUGGGAGUGGAGUGGAGGCCUCGUCUUCCCUUGCUGCCCCUGGGCUGGCCCACCUGCCUGCCACAUGCCCACGUCUAGUCCCAUCUGGGCCCCCCUUCCCUGCUGGUCAUGCAGUGUCUGUAUAUAAGGACCUUGGAAUGACGUUCCCAUUUCUGCCUGAUUUGCAACUUUUAUUGUUGAUGUUGUGUUGUCUUGGGGGACCCCUCUGGCGGGGAACCUGCCCUGUGCCCCCUCCUCCCUGCCGCAGUGCCCCCCCAACCCAGGCCUCUAUUGUUCCAUGUUGUAAAUACCCCUGGGGCCAUGGUGGGAUGGGGGUGCAGGCCAGGAAAACAAUGGGUGGGUGGGGGUGGGGACGGGGGUAACAUUUGCCUAUCAGCAGAGCUGGGCUUUUAUUUAAUUUUUUUUAAAAAAUACAAAUCUCUAUUUUUUUGGAACUGUUGCGCUGUGCCCUGGGGGGGAUCCCCGCUCAGGCUGGCCUCCCACAUCCAGAUGAGCAUCACAGAGGGGCCCUGAGGCUGUGGGGGGCAGCUGGACAGGGGUGGGAUGACUGUGCCUCUGGCCUGGUUGGGUGAGUUGGGAGCAGGAAGGUUUGCUCAGCGGGUGGCUGGGUGCUGCUCCUGAUACAGGGGGCCUGCAUCCUGCCCCCUCCCUGCCUCCCCAACCCCCAGCCCCUGCCAUGACUGACCCGUCAGCCUGUAAAACCACCAUUGCCUUGAUCUCAGGGGGUGGGAGGGCUGCCUCAGGGCACCCUGGGCUCCAGGCCCCCUUCUUCCAGUUGGGCUUCCCUUUGCCAGGGUCAGGGGUCCCAUGGGGGAGGAGGUAGGGAGGUUGGGGGGCAGAGAAGCCCAGUCAGCCAUGAUGAGGUGGAGUUCUUUUCUUCACCUCAGGGGGCCAGGGUGUAAGGGGUGUCCUGCAGAGCCCCCAUCUCCCACUGUGGCCAUCUCAAAGCCUCAGCCCCUCUUCCUUCCAGAAACCCCCACUGCCUUGGCCCAUACCUCUCCAGCUCCCUAGGGGCCCAGGCUGGGAGGCUGGAGACUCAGGGUAUGGCCCUUGCUUGACUUAGUCUAAGCUUGGGGAGGUGGCCCAAGUGUGGGAGGGGUGGGUACAGGCUGCUGGGUCGUCUGGUGCCUUUGGGAGCUGUGCUGCUGGGGUCUUGACUCCUGUACCCCAAAGACCCCACCCCCACCCAGGAAAAGCCAGGGGGCUGAAGAAUCACCCUAUUCUCUGCCCCUUACCCCUAACUUGGCUUGGGGUGACAGUGCUAGGAAAGAGAGCAUUGUUAGGCUGGUAGCCCCAGCAUACAUAGCCCUUCUAUGGAGGGGAAGGGGUAGAGUGGGCUGGGGUGGCAGCAGCCAGGUCUAGGGGUUGGCCAAAGGCUCCUUUCCCUGGGGGAGGCCCAGGAAAUGGGCAGGGGGCUUGUUAAUGAGACAGCCCUUUUCCCCUGCACAAACGGGGCAGGUGCAAUAGUCUCAGAGUUGGUAGUAUUGGGUGCCCAGCUGGUGGGGCAGUGGCCUCAAGGAUUGUCCUGGGUCCUGGAGAUCAGGAUUCUGGCAAGAAGAUUGUAUGAGGCCCAUCUGCUUGGUGGAGAAGGUGGUCCAGACAGGCGGCAUUCCUGGGGUCAGUGGACUCCCAUUGGAAGCCCCUGGUGGCCUGGGUACCCUGCCCUGGUCUUAGAGACCCCUGAGCACUGAGUGGAAGGGCAGAGGAGCAUUUUGCACAAUGGAGAAGCCAGAAGAAAGAGGUGGCCCAGAUGGCUGGGAGGGCUGAGAAGCACAGAGCAGAAGCCCUUCCUACAGGCAAACACAGAGCCCCUAUCCCCCUGGUUGGGGCCAGGGCACUGCAUCUGUUACCAACUGGGCACUGGAGAGAUGAAACCAAAGGUGGGCAGGGGAUGGUGACAGCACUGGGGACUACACCUGUGGGUCCUAGGUCUGUGAAGCCCCUCCCCAAUGCCUGUGUCGUGUACAGUUUUAUGUACCAAUAGGCGACAUUUGGCCAGAGGAGAGCCCCCCUCAAACCCAGCCUGACCCAGUCUGUGUCUUCCUAGAGGGGACCUAGUCGGUCCCCAUCCCCCUACUUCAGGGCAUGUCUCUCAGUAGGGGAAGGGUAUAUGGGGACAUAUUUCUCUCCUAGGGUCCCUGAAGCAUGUCUCACAUCACAGGGUGGGGGGAAGUUCUCUGGGCAUCUCUCAUCUCUGGGGGCUCUCUAGGCCCUAUCUCUCCCCUUGGGAGUCUCUGGGGGACAUGUGUUCCCACUGAGGACCACGGGAGCAUGUCUCGCCCGCUUAUCCAGGCUCUCUGGGGAGCCUGUUUUCCUCCCAGAGUUCCUGGGAGUACUUAAGGCAAGUCAGUCUGGGGCCAUCUCUCUUCCCAGGGAAGGGGGCUAUCUCUGAAGCAUGUCUGGGAAGGGAUGUUUCUGGCCCUGCCCCCAUCUCUCCUACGGGGUUUCUCUGCCCUGCAGCACUUUGGGAUGAGGCUGGGCAUCUCUGAGUUGUCUUUUCUCCUAGGGGCCCUGAGAUACCUCUCUCUCCUGAGGGUGGGGCCUCUGGAGCCAUUUCUUCCCUGGGUUGGGGCUGUCUCCGGGUGUUGGGAGGGCUUGUGUUGGCCAUGAGAAAGUCUCUUAAGGGGCCUCUCCACUGGGGACUUCUCCGGGAGGGGGGACUGUGUCUCGCCCACCGGGUUUCGGGCGGGUGUGUCUGCCCAUGGGGAGGGGAGACUGGGUCUCCUCGGGUUACCUGAUUGGGGAGGGGGGCCGUGUCUCUCUCGUGUGUAGGGGGGUGGGGGUCGGGGUGGGGGGUUUUGGGCGCGUCGGGUGCCCACAUUGGGGUCGUGUUUCUCUUGGUUCGUGCCACUUCCCACCGCCUCGCUCCUCCCGGGAAGGGCCCCCUCCCCCACCCCAUCCCUGGCGCUGCGAGCACAAUCCCGUUGAUUUGUAAUGAUUUCUGUCUCUUUCCGUCUUUCUCUUUCUGACCCCCCCCAACCCCCGCCGCGAGCAUGCGCAGGCACCGCCCCUACCCCCUCCGGUUCGGUUCGUUUCCGGUUUGUUUGCUGAGCUGUCAAUGAAAGACCCGUGUAAUUAUUCCCGAGCUUUACAAUAAAAGUGUGAAAACCGGACCCCACUCCGCUUCUUCCGGGUCCUCGGGCCUGCGUCCCGUGGAUAGUAGGAGCUAAAUCUGGACCUUAGAAAGGGCUGGGGGACGCGAAGGACGAGACUGAGACUUGCACUGGUGUUAAUCGGGGAUGGGGUCGAGCUGACGCGGACUGAGGACAGACCCCGAGUCCAUACACCUCAAAGUGACCCCUGCUAGCUCCGCUGGGUCCGACCUGCUGUGAGCACCCCUUUCCCCCAGAACUCAGGUGCAGGACGGUGUGAGGGUGGCUGCCGAGGAAGGUUGUGCUGCGCUGCCUUCUUCCCCCGGCGCCUCCAAGACGUGCAAUCGUUCCCGGGUGUAUCCAUUCCCACUCCCCACUCUUUGGCAACGAGUGUGAAUUGCGGAACUGGAUGGGAUAAGGGGCGGGAGACAACUGUCUGUCGGGUUCUCCCACGCUCAGGAACCAAAAUUGGAAGUCGAUUUAGGGGACGGCAACCGAAAAGGUCUCAGCCUCGGUCUCCAACUGCGCUCCCCUCCCCCUUUCCGGGCUUGAUCGGCCUCGGCCUCCUCCGUCCGGCUCCCGGGUAAACACCGGCUCCGGAGAAGUCGGAAAACAGAGACCGGAUCAGCAGGUUCCCGGCCCCGCCUCCCGGGGCGCUGCUCCCUCCUCCGACCCCCACCGCGUCGCGCGCUGUUGCUGGGCCCGCGUCCUCGCUCCCCGGCCCGGUGCUGUGUGGGCCUCGCUCCGGACCCCGAGGUCGGUCCAGCAGCUGAGGGAUUAGCCGAGCGCAGGGACUAAUCCCGGAUGAGCCUCGUGUAAACCCGGAUCGACCGCGGGGAAGGCGGGGGUUGCUGGCACCCCUUCAUCCGUUCCCCAGAUGUGGAGCAUCGCGGGGCCUAGAGCCCACCCCGAGGCUCCUUGCUGCUUUCGGAGAGACCCAAGUUGGAGCUGCCGUUGGGGGCGGAGCGGGGCAGGGAAUGAAGAAGGGAAGGCCGGAUCAGACGCGCCGAGAGCCUGGCGGCGGGGUGACGGGGGUGUGGGGAGGAAAGGCACAGGUUUCUUGGGCAGGCUUUGACUCAACAGGGUUAGGUCAGCUCCCUACCUCAAUCUGCAACCCCAAUCCCCCCACCUAUCUCCAGUUACAGAAUCACAGAUCCUCCCCGCUUCCGGUGGCUGUGGCAACCCUUCCCUAAACCUGAGGCCUCACCUCUUUAGGAGAGGCGCUGAAACAGCGGGGGAGGGCCCCACAUUGUCUCCACCCCGACUGGACCCGGCAGUGGAGGCUGAGGAGCUCCUUCUGUCAAGGCCUAGCCCAGGAAAAGAUGUCAGGAGUUAAGGAAGUUGGGGGAGAUGAGGUGGCCGACUGGGUACCAGAAUCCUGUCACUGCUUGAUUUACUCAUUCUAAAAACAUUUCCUGAGCCCCUCCCAUGUGCCAGACCGGCACUGGACCCCAAGAAUGACAUACAGUCUCUGUGGGAAAGGCAGACAGGUAAACAACGACCAUAUCUUUUAUUCGGCCCUGUCUUGAGCCGGAAAUUCUGGCAGGAGACCCAAAGGCACAGUCUCCUCCAAAGUCUAGAGGCUUCCUGGAAGGAGUGGUGCCAGAGCUGAGUUUCAAAGGGCAGAUAAGGGAUAGGCUACUCAGGAAGGAGUCGGCCUUGCAGUCUGAGAAGAAGUGUGUGCCAGGGUCUGGAGGUGGAGGAGAAGGUGAGGUGGCUCAGGAGGGCAGGAGAAGUUGGAGAAGAAGGCAGGGGCCAGAACUAACGACCUGCUGGUCAACUUAAAGUGCUUGGAUUGAAGGGUUGGGGAGGAACCAUUUACAGAUUUUAAGUCUAUGAAAGAAAAGGUCAGAUUUACAUUAUUCUGGAUUCUGUGUUCCUUCCUUCCCUGCCCCAGGUUUCUCUGGUGAUGCCUGGGUUGGGAGUGGAGACACACAGGCAGACAGACAGGAAGAUGAACCAGGUGCAGUUCAGACUAGUUAAGAAUGGUUUCUGGCCAGGCGUGGUGGCUUACGCCUGUAAUCCCAGAAUUUUGGGAAGCCGAGGCGGGCAGAUCAUGAGGUCAGGAGUUUGAAACCAGCCUGGCCAACAUGGCGAAACUCUGUCUCUACUAAAAAUGUCAAAAUUAGAUGGUCGUGGGGGUGCACACCUGUAAUCUCAGCUACUUGGGAGGCUGAGGCAGGAGAAUCUCUUGAACCCGGGAGGCAGAGGUUGCAGUGAGCCGAGAUUGCGCCACUCAACUCCAGCCUGGGCAACAGAGCAAGACCUGUUCUGGAAAAAAAAAAAAGAAUGGUCCCCACCUUCUAUCACACUUGGAAUCAGAGACCUAUGUUAGAAAUCUGGCUGUACCUCCUUCUAGUGGCAUGACCUUGGGCAGGUGACUGAGCCUCAGUUUCUUCCUCUGUAUGGUGGGGAGAAUAGCGCUUACCAUUACUGAAGGUUAUCGUGGGGCUUCAAUGAGAACAUUUGUCCACUCUUUUAUUUAGCACACAUCUAACACCUACUAAGUGGCAGGCACUGUGUCAGGUGCUGAAUAAGACAGGCAUGAUGCCUACUCUCUCUCCGGGAACUUACAUUCUAGAGGAAAGACAGACAAUAAACAAAUAAAUGAGAUAAUUAUAGAUUGUGUUAAAGUGCUGUGAAGGAAACAAACAGUGGGACAUGAGGGAGGGUAACUGGAGGUGGGGAGGGAGGGGCUGCUUUACCCUGCCUAGCUGGGGAAGCCUCUGCAAGGAAACUGAAGGCUGGCCAGUGCACUCCAGCCUGGGUGACAAAGUGAGACCCUGUCUCAAAAAAGAAAAGAAAGAAAGAAAAGUAAAAGAAACCCUGAAGGUUUAUAGCUUAGUAAAGAACAUUCCAGAUAUAAGGAAAUUGCAGAUUCAAAGGCCCUGAGGUGGGAGAAAAAAGCAUAGUCUGAGUACUUACUCUAAGAUGCUAAGCUUCCUGAGGGCAGUUACCUGGAUCUCUCUUUUCUUCUAACCUGGGCAAAGUGAGGAUGAUGGAGGGGAGUUUCCAUCCUGCUGAGGCAACCCCUUUCCCUCCACCUCCAUCCUCUGGAGCAGUAUUGGGGAGAUGUGGGCCUCAUCAGUCAGCCCAUCUGUCCAGCUUAAUCUUUCAGCUGUUCUAUAGCUGCCCCCAACCCCCCUCCCAGUGUCAGGACAGGUCUCAGCCUACUAUUUUCCCAGUGGGUUCUGGGGCUCCUAGUUCUCUUGGGCAGGAGGAGCAGAAUAGGCCCCUCCAGAAUCUGCCAGUCCAGAGCCUAGAUGAAACAGAAUUUAGGAUCUGACCUGCAGGGGCUGAGGGGAGGGUGCUUCCCAGAGGAAGAUGGCCAAGGGGUUUAUGGGGUUUAGGCCUUUUGGAAUCUCCCCCUUGGCCUGGGUCUCACUUGAGGGAGGCAGCCUGGAUCCCUGUCUGAUUCCCCCUCAAGGAAUGUUUCUUGGAACAUGGAUACAUUUCACACAGCCGCCCGCCCCUGCUACAGAGCGCACACGGCUCCUCUCACACACACUCACACACCAUCCAGCUGCACCGUGCGUCUCCAUGGCAACCAGUAGGCCUGGUCCACGGAUGUUAGAAAUAAGUGCCAGAGGAAGAGGAGAGAGAGAGGGAGAGGGAGAAGAGAAGAGAGAGAAGUACAGAGACUUAGAAAGAUAGCCUUCCAAGGAGACCCCUACCCUUUUCUUAUACCCCCUGCCAGGAAGAAGUGAGUGGAUUUGGGCCCUGAGGAUGGAGGAGCUCAGGGUGGGAGCUAAGCAGUAGAUUAGGGGCUGUCUGGACACAGGUAAUGGGCACAGUGGGCAGUGAGGAGUGGGCAAGAUCAAGGGAACUUCUCUUGACAGUCUGGUGUCUUGGGAUAAGAAUUCUUGGUCUAGCCAGGCGCGGUGACUCAGGCCUGUAAUCCCAGCACUUUGGGAGGCCGAGGCGGGUGGAUCACAAGGUCAAGAGAUCGAGAUCAUCCUGGUCAACAUGGUGAAACCCCGUCUCUACUAAAAAUACAAAAAAGUAGCUGGGCAUGGUGGCAUGUGCCUAUAAUCCCAGCUACUCAGGAGGCUGAGGCAGGAGAAUUGCCUGAACCCAGGAGGCGGAGGUUGCGGUGAGCUGAGAUCUCACCAUUGCACUCCAGCCUGGGUAAAAAGAGUGAAACUCCGUCUCAAAAAAAAAAAAAAAGGAAUUAUUGGUCUAGGUGAAAAAGGCAGAGGCGGGGGGUGGGUGGGUAGGGGUGGGAGAUUUGGGGAAGCUACUUUCCCUUCUUCCCCGCCUAAUUGGCUGUGUUCAAGCCGGAAACCACCUCUUAGUCACUUAGUCUAAUUAGAAUUGUACCGGAGAAGACAAUGGGGGAGGGGAAGGAGAAGCAGGGGUGUGAAGGGGGAGGGUGGGUGGAGGCAGAACUGGGUGAAGGUGGGGAUGGGAGUUCCUUACACCACCUGGCAUCCAUUCUAUUGCUACCCAAUGGAUGGGGUGGGCUGUGACUAUACAGGCUGAUGGGUCACUCUAACAGCCCCCCAGCUGCCACUAGCAUCCCCUCACGCCCACCUGCUUUCCACUCUGCCCCUUCUUAUCUGUCUCCUAUAUUUAUCUCUGUCUCUAGUUCUAGCUCUCACUCUCGCUCUCUCCUGCUCACCCUGUCUAGCUCCUCACCUUCCUUUCUCUCCUUCCUGGGAGUCUCCUAAUCUCUGGCCACCAAUGUUUGUCUAUGGAACAGAUGAAGGACAUAGGGUUGCUGAUCUGGGCCGAACCACUGGGGAAUGGAGGAGGAGCAGGAGGAGGGGAUUAUACUGAGAGGAGCCCUGUCUUUGGGGAGAGAGAGAGUAGGGUGGACGCUGGCCUGGCUUGACUCCCCUGCCACACACCCACACAGGUCAGGGUGUGUGUGAGUUUGGUCUCUGGAGCUGGAUGGGCUGACUGUCUCGGACAAGUUACUUAACCUCUCUGUGCAUCAUGUUUUCUAACUAUGAGAUGAGGAUAACACAUUCCAAAAAUGCAGUGUGGAUUUAAGGUGAGAAUGCACAUAAAUUGCCUAGCAUGGUAAAUUGUAAAGGCUCAAUAAAUGGCAGCUUUUGUCAUCA